UAUAACCAUAUAAUCACAUCAUUUCAUUUUUUUGUGUUUUUCUUCAAUUGUGUGGAUCUGAUUGAAACAAUUGGGUAUUUGGUCUCUUUCUCUAUAUAUUCUUCCGACACUGAGAUCAGGUCUUUUGGUUGGCAAUCAAAUACUUUUCAACACUUGAAUAGUCUUUACUUUUGGCAAUACUAUUGCAAACACUUAGACUUUUUUGAAAUCAAUUUUUUUGUCAAAAUGGAUGCAUCAGAAAAUAAUCAGAAGAACAGCAAUAAUACUCUCAACGAUUGGUUUAGCAAUCCGUUUGAAAGAGUGAACCACUCGACCAACUUUGAGGACUAUGCCUGUGCUCCGGAUGAUAACAACUAUUUAAAUACAAACAGUACUUCUUAUGUCAAAAAAGCUACCAUUCCUUCAAUAAAUAAAGAAAUGGGCUCAACAUCCUUAAAAUUGACAAACAAAGCAAAUGUUUGGAAUUAUUUGAGUGAUCCGAGAGAUCAUAGUUCGUCAGCUGAAGUGACGCCAUCGGGAUCUCCUCAGAACUCUCCGUAUUCUAUAAGGAAAUCAAUGGAAGGCAAGAAAGUGUCGAAGAAUGGCACAAAUGAGUUGUCCUUAAAUAACUCCAAGCGUUGGUUUUAUUCGGGUUUCUUUAACACCGAUCUAAAGGCAGGUCUAGAAGAUAAACCAAUGACCAAAACUUCAAGUUUCAAAAAUCUUUGCGUUUCUAACUUUGACAUCAAUGCUGUCGGUCCCACUUCAUGGUAGUCAUCCCUCCCUAUCCAUACUAUCACAUACUAACUCAGCAUUAAUAUCUCAAAAAUUUCUAAUUUAAUUUAAAUUAUUUAUACAUCAUAUGAGAGCCAAACAAAUUAGUUUUAUAUUACAUAUAAUUAUUUUGUUUGAUUUAUAUGUGAAUACAUUCCAAAAGCAAUCAUUGGUUUACUUGAAAUAUCAAACUAACAAUAAUUUAAUAGUAAAAAAAUUCAAUAUUUAUAAUAAUCUCAAAUUUUGAUUAACAAAUCAGUAUUUUAUUAAUAAUAUUCACACCUGUUAUCAAUAAAAUCAUAUAUUUUUAAAGUUUUUCAUUUUUCACUUUUUAAAAUUUAUUUUCCUUUCAAUGUUAAACUAUUUAAUAAUUAAUAAAUAUCUAUUGUGCAAAAUAGUCAAAAAAAAAAAU